AUGCAAUGGGAUUCUACAUGGGCAUUAGUUCCGGCUGGUUUCUCAAUGCUCGGAUUGGCAUCGACUGUGUUCGUCGUUGGCGUCUUCUUGAAGUUCUCCAAUACUCCAGUGAUCAUGGCAUCUGGACGUGAACUGUGUUACUGUAUGAUCAGUGGUAUAUCCAUGUGCUAUAUCCUCACAUUCUUCCUCGUUUCACAGCCUACAAUUCCAACAUGUGCUAUUACAAGGGUGGUUGAUGGGUCCCUGUCAAGUGUCAGCUAUCUACGCGGCUAUCAUCACGAAGACGAAUCGACUGGCACGGGUCUUCAAGCCAGACAGCGCUCAACGGCCGCGAUUCAUCACCCCCAGAGCACAAGUCAGUUAUUUGUUGAUUUUAGUUAUGCCGUGAUUCGUUUACGCGAUCAGCUUGAAGUUGCCUUUAAAGGAGACCGGCGGAAUAAGGAGGCUUUGGCUAUGGUUGGGCGUGUGGCAGGUCGUGUCGGCAUAUGCGCUUGCAUUGUAUCUGUGCAACUGAUCGGCUCAAUCAUUUGGUUACUUGUCGAUCCGCCCGGGACCAAAAUUGUGUUUCCAUCUCGAACGGAAGCUGUAUUGACGUGCAAA